ACUCUGUACCAGCCCUACUGGAGCUCUGUGUCCACUCCUCUGCACUGGCUGUAAGGCAGGCAAGGGCUGUGCAGCAGUGGCUACAGUGAAUCAAGGAGAGAGCAUGAGUGGCACUAGAGGUGCUUGCUACUGUUUACACCUAUUCACUGGGCCAGAUGCAGCAAUGGGGAAAACAAAUGUGCCCUAGCUAAUGGGAGGGGGGAGCAGGGUGUGUGUGUGUGUGUUAGUUCUUUGGGCAGUCAGGAAUAGGGUCCGAGUAGGGGCCAAGGCUGGCUCUGUGGCUCUCCUAGGUGCUGUAAUGCCACCGAUUUCCUCAUCCAACCCAGGACACGGUUUCCUUGGUGAUGCUGUGCCAGGGUGAUGGUGGCCAACGGGCAGAGAGACAUGACUGGUAGCAGCGGCCGGGGCUGAUGCUUAGUGUGGUGGGCUUAAAGCAUUAGCCGUGCUGCACUCUGGCCGGUCUGCUCAAAAUGGAGCAGAUGUCCUAAGCAAUGUCCUCUCUCCAGUCACUAGCUAGCAGCCCAUCUGUGCAGUGCUCUGGUUCCACAUCACCCUUCCCUACCAAUCCCAGCGCUGGGCAAGGGGAAGUGCUGUACUCGUGCCUGCACCUGUUCAUAGAGCUGUCUGAGAUGUUCCCAGGUAUCUGGCUUUGAGGAACAGGUUAGUGGGGCUGGGAGCUGGCCAACACCUGCCCCUUGCUCACAGCAACACCUGUGGAUGGGAACUGCCUGCAGGACUCCCCCUCAUCUCUAGCUGGGAUUGACUGCAGCAUUGUGGGUGCAGCGGGGUGUGUAGCAACAUUGCUCCAUGAUGCAGCUAUGAACCCUGUGGAAGUGAUCAAGCAGAGGAUGCAGAUGUACAACUCACCGUACCAGCGGGUGACAGACUGUGUGCGGGCCGUAUGGCGCAACGAAGGGGCCAGGGCCUUCUACCGCAGCUAUACCACCCAGCUCACCAUGAACAUCCCCUUCCAAGCCAUCCACUUCAUGACUUACGAGUUUCUGCAAGAGCAGCUCAACCCCCAAAGACAGUAUAACCCUGGCUCCCAUGUGGUCUCGGGGGCCUGCGCGGGUGCUGUGGCUGCUGCUGCUACCACGCCAUUGGACGUUUGCAAAACGCUGCUCAACACCCAGGAGUCCCUGGCCUUGAACUCCAACAUCAGUGGACAUAUCACAGGCAUGGCCAAUGCCUUCAGGACGGUGUACCGAGUGGGCGGUGUGACCGCCUACUUCCGUGGGGUCCAGGCCCGGGUCAUUUACCAGAUGCCCUCCACAGCCAUUGCUUGGUCCGUGUACGAGUUUUUCAAAUACAUCCUCACCAAGCGCCAGGAGGAGCGCCGGGCUGGGAAAUGAGUCAGAGCUUGGCCCUGCUCUGGGCCCACAUAAUCUCCCCUCCCCGCCUCUGCCUUUCGGUGUCGCCCUUUGGUUUGGUUUGUGCUGGAGAUGGGGAGGCAGGAAAGCCCUUGGGUUCUAGCAAGGUCAUCUCUUGUGUGGGGCUGCUGCAGCUCUGCUCAGACAGCACAGCCUGCCCCUGUCCCCAGAACCCUCGAGUGAUGUCAUCCCGGAAACUACAGCCCAGGUUACCAGCCCUUGCACUUCCACCUAGGAGUUGUGUUCCUGCUCUUCCCCUAUCAAAUCUCCUUGAACCUAAAGCUUUGUCUCUCUGGGGAUAACAAACACCAUGACCCACCACUGUCAAGUCAAAGCUCAGGUGCUCAGGAAAGGUCCUUGCUGUUGCCUGGAGUGCCAGGGGCUAUUGGCUGGUUUCUGGCUGGGGGAAGUGUAAGCUUAGCCGUUGUCUAGCAGCAUGCACACACAGAUGCACACCUGACACCGACCACCCUGUUGCCAGCUGGCAGGAAGGAUUGCCUGGGAGGGGAGUUCAGAGAUUUGUGGUUGUUCCUACUCUUGGCACCUCCAAUAAAGAAUUCUGCUUUAUUGUCA